UACACACCAUGGAAAGUCCACGGGGGCGUGACACGUAAAGGCACAAGUUAGGGCAGUAGCAGCAGCAUUGCUGGUUUGUGUAUCAGUUCAUCUCCAAGCGUGGACUUUGCUACCAGGAAGAGAGAACAGGGGGAAGGAGCUGGACAUGUUUGAGAAGCUCGGGGAGAUGAGCCACAGCCGGUUGCUGGCGGCGACCAGUCCGGGUGCCUCUUACCACCCGGCGGGAGAUACGCCGACCGUCCCGGAUUGCGCCGGGAGCCUCUGUCCGCCUAAGGACUGCAACUUGCUGACCUACGGCUCGGUCCUGGAGAACGUGAACCGCUUGUCCCACCUCUUGGGCCGCUUCUUGGAGACGGCGGAAAAUUCCGAGAGACGCAACGGCUUCAAGGGCGCCAGCUCGGCGGCCGACCGUCCGCCGGCGGGGGCCGGGACCCCGGGAGGGACAUUCCCGAGCAGGAGCAGAGAGGCUGAGGUUCACUUGGCGCCCAGCCGAUCGUUGAGGAAGCGGGAGGGCUUCAGGCGCGACAGCGGCGUAAGUGCGGCGGAACCGGCGCAGGGGGCUUCGCCCGGCGCAAGGAAGAGAUGCCUGAAGGAGCUGAUGCGCCGCAAUGGCUGGGACGGCUUCAGCGGCAUGUGGAGUGCGGGUAGCAGCAGGAAAAGCGGAGAGAGGGAGCAGGAGGUCGGCGACAGGGGCUCCCUGUCCUCCUCGGACACCGACCAGUCGGCCGGCUCCCCGGGACUGGCCCUGGAGCCCCGGGAACACGAGUGGAUGCUGGCGGUGGCGGCCGGGGACUGGGAGACGAUGGAGGCGCUGCUGCUCCAGGAGCCCAGCCUGCUCAACAAGAAGGACUUUGUGAGCGGCCUCACCGCCACUCACUGGCUGGCCAAGCAGGGCAAGGACGAGGCGCUCAUGAAGCUGGUGCGCCUGGCGGAAAGUCGGCGCUGGCCGCUCGACCUGAACGCCAAGGCGGGCGGCGGGGGUUACACCGCCCUGCACCUGGCGGCCAUGCAAGGCCACCUGAUGGUCAUCAAGCUGCUGGUGGGCGCCUACAGCGCCGACGUGGACAUCCGCGACUACCGCGGCCGGAAAGCCUGGCAGUACCUGGGCAGCCAAGCACCCAGCCAACUCCGGCAGCUGGCCGGGGCUCAGGAGGAUUCAGAGCCGCAGCCCCCCAAACAAGCUCCCCUCCCAGCAGCGGAGGAUGAAGUGGACAGCCCGGACAAAAAACUCGACUUCUCCAUAAUAGCCUCAAUACACAGAUUCUUUAAACCGACCGCCUGGCUGCGGACAAAAAGAGAAGCUGACAAUAGAUAAAAACCUGCAGGCAAUAAUAGACUGAACCCCUGGGGUGGGGGGGCGGGGGUGUGUGUGUGUGUGAUCAACCGGAAUUGCUCACGUUUUUACCAUUUUUAAGUUCAUUAAGAGUCUUGCCCAAGAUUAUUUCAACUUUUGUGCUCUAGUUUUUGGAACGUUUGCAUUUCAUUUUAGAUAAAAACAAAAAAAAAAACUGCGGAUGCUGGAAAUCCAAAACAAAAACAAGAGACACUUUUUUUUUGUUUUGCUUUUCAUUUUAGUCGUUUCCCUUAAAGGAAAUUUCCCCCCUUUUCAAACGGCGAAUGUAUUCAGGAAAGCCCCCAUGUGUGUUCUAACCUAUGCGGGGGAAAUCAUUGCAAAAUGUACAUUACAAUCUCUCAAACACCAUACCGUGUAGGUGUCACUGGAGUUUAGGAGUAACGCCCGCAUUAGAAAUACCGUUGCGCUGCUUUUUGAUUUUUAAAGGUAGUCAGUCACCAGAAAUGGCUCGGUUUGAUAAUAUGUUUAUAUGUGUGUGUAAUAUAUUUAUGUGCAUAAUAUGCAUACGUCGGUACGUAAUGCCAUCAGAAACAAGUGAUGGAACAGGUCACAAAGAUGGAAGAUUAUUUUUUGUCUUUGACCAAUAUGUCCUAAACUUGCAUUUCAGUAUCAUUUUCAAAAUAUGGUUCGGUUAAAGUUCGGGUGAUAAGAACAUCUUUGUGUAAGGCAUGUGUGGAUUUAGACAUUCUGCCUCCAUUGAGACUGGUUAUUUCUGUGGAAAUACUGUCUGUGCCAAAUGUGUUGUUUCUGUAAUUUGUAUAAAGAUCAAUCAAUAAAAAUAACCAGGUACGGAGAUCAAAAAUA